GGACUCGGGAGACUGAAUCACAUUCUGUGCCUGAAUGGAGAAUCAAGAUAUUAAUCCCAAGGAGUUCUAUGUGUCUGAACACUAUGGAUUUAUACUCCAGGACCCACUGGAAAAGCUCCCUGAAUACUACAAGCCUUGGAUGACCAUUGCUGAAAAUGUGUGCCUCUUGAUUGAGACUAAACAGGUUCGGGAAGCGGUCAGACAGAUGCCAGAGCUGACCAUACAGCACCUAUCAGGGUACAGAGAGCAGCGCCUGGCUCGUUUGAUACUUGGUCACAUAGUCAUGGGCUACGUGUGGCAAGAUGGUGAACAAGGGGCCAUUAAGGCGCUGCCCCGCUGCUUAGCUGUGCCCUACUUCAACCUGUCAGAAGUCCUUGGCAUGCCACCCAUCUUGGUCCAUGCUGACCUUGUGUUGGCCAAUUGGAGGCGUAAAAACCCUCAAGGACCACUGACCAUAGAGAACCUGACAACCAUUGUGUCCCUGCCAGGAGGUGACAGUCUGCAAGGCUUUGCGCUGGUAACUCUGAUGGUGGAGGUAGCUGCUAUCCCAGGGGUGCGGGCCGUCUGUCAGGCAGUGAAUUCUCUGGUUUCUCAGGAUGAGCCAAGGCUCCUGCAAGCCCUGAAGGAUCUGACCGAGUCCAUCAACAGGAUGAGCGAUGCCCUGAAACUCAUGCACGAUUAUGUGGACUCUGACAUAUUUUACAACACAAUUCGCCUGUUUCUGUCAGGGUGGAAGGAUAACCCAUCCAUGCCAGAGGGGCUGCUAUAUGAAGGGGUAGCAGAAACCCCAUUCUCUUUCUCAGGGGGCAGUGCGGCACAGAGCUCUGUAUUUCAGGCUUUUGACGAAUUGCUGGGAAUUAAGCACAGAGCGGAGAGCGCUGAAUUCUUGUUGCGGAUGCGAGAGUACAUGCCCCCAGCACACCGCCACUUUGUAGAGAGGAUUGGGAAGGCACCUUCUCUCCCAGGAUACGUUCAACAAUGCGGGGACCCUGAACUGCUCUCUGCCUUUAAUGAAUGCGUCUUGUCCCUCACUGACUUCCGCUCCCUCCAUAUUCGCAUAGUCUGCAAGUAUGUGAGCGCAGCAGGAGCCCGGGCCAAGAUGUUAGGAAAUGGGGUGCAGCACCUACAGGAGAGGGGCACAGGUGGGUCCAAUGUCAUGAGCUUUCUAAAGAAAGUCAGGGGCAACUGCAAGGAGGGCGUUCUGAAUAAUGACACACAGGAGGAUUGCUGACACAAAGAUUCUGAAAUCCAUACACAUAUAUGGGAUCUAUUAUCUGGAAUUGCAUUAGCAAAAAAAGGGUACGGCACAUCCAGUAGGGAUGCACCAAAUCCACUGUUUUUGAUUCGGUUGAAUACCAAAUCUUCCACAAAGGAUUCAGCUGAAUUCAUAGCCAAAUCCAAAUCCUAAUUUGCGUCUGCAAAUUACUAAAGACCUGGGGCAAGAAGCCACAGUCUGAAAAAAAUUGAUAAUUUCCACUAUUUGGAAAUUGGGAUUUGAAUUUGGUUUGGCCAAGGCACUCGGGUUCAGUGCAUAGUUUUUUAUGGUGCUCCACAUUAUGGAAACACCCUAGGGUUGAUUCACUAAAGUGCAUUAACACGAGCGCUAUUUAUUGCAUACGUUUUUUAUCGCGUCUAAUUUUUCGCGACAACGCAUGAUUCACUAAAAGCAUACUUAAUUUAGACGUGAUGCUGCUUGCAUUAUUUAAGUUUCGAAGACUAUUUUCGUGUGGUAUUUGACGAAACGCACAGUAAUCAACGCGUCGCUCACAAAUAGUCGCCGCGUGCGAAAAAACGUAAUCCAUAUUAGCCAUACACAGCAUUACUUUCGUAAAACUACAUUUAUGAAAAUGCCCAUCUCCCUGCAAACUGGAGGCUGCAUCACUCUAGGGCCAACACAGACUUGAAUAAAUCCCACUGCAAAGUCCAUAUUUUAUUGCCAAAAGCUCAGGAACUGUACUUUUCUAUAAUUACCGCCUGCCCCAAGUAGGUGUUAAUUUUCGCACAGACAAAUGCGAUAUUUAGCGUGUCUAAGUGUUUGUGAAUCAUGCGUUAGUAUUAUUAACGCACGCGAUAUGCGACAACGCAUGCAAUAAUACUUUAGCGAAUUGCACAUUUUUUUCCGCGUGCGAUAAAACUUAUCGACCUUUAGUGAAUCAACCCUCCGGUAUCUAAACAUCAGGCAUCAUGGCUAAUAGAUUCCUAUAUCACAACAUACUGACAGAGCCCACUGACACUAGGCCCACACACAUGUCGAACAUUGCUCUAUAAGCCAUAAUGCUUACGGUUUUCCCACCAUGACACUUGUAAUUCCAUGGAACUUUCAGACCAGAAUCAUUUGCCAAACUAUGCUGCAGCAAUGGGCAAAUAGAAAAAACAUGGCAGACAAAAUGGCAAUUUCUAAGUGCCAAUGGCAGCCGUUGGCCCAAUAAGUCUUUUUGUGAUUGCUGACAAUGUCAAGUAAAAUCGCCGCUGAUGUAUUUGUCAAUUACAUCUUGUAUAAAUUCACCCAAUGGGCAGAGUUAUGAUAUAUAAGACUUGUAGCUUCACCUUAAUUCUUUGAAAUACUACCCCACAUAGGAAGUCAGGCAGCAGAUCCACAUUGCAGCACAAAGCCCCACUGUACAUAUAAAUAUGGGGAAUGCUGGAGCUUAGAAUAAGGAAUAGUGUAAUUUCUCUUGUGGGUGCUGUGCUCUCCCACCCCAAUGCAGUUCCUGCAAGUCUGACACCCAGGCUGCCUAAUACUGUAAAUGGGCCAUGUAGGUAUGAGAACAAGAAAAAUCCUUAUACCCGAUACACAACAAAUAGCUCAAGUGUACAGGAAUAUUACAGUAUAGAUUGUUUCACAGUAUAAUAUAUAAUGCAUAAAAUUUAUUUUCAUUCUUCAAAAAUUUCUGUCCAGGUCAUUUCUUGUUAAUAAAUGUUUUAUUCUAUAGCUAA